AGGAACAGAAAGAGUCUACACAUCUUCUCUCAUCCACACUAUCCAUUAUGGCCCUAUUCUUGGUCUUAAUUCUUUUAACUUAGAGUCCACCCAAAGAGAUUAGGAUUCAAUGUUAGAUGGGAUUUCUUUUUUUUAAAAAAAAGUAUCUUUUGUUAUUUGAAAAAAAUCUUGAAUUUUUAAGGUGAAUCUCAUUCUGGGUGUUGGUAUUUGUACUCCUUUCAUUAGUUGUUAAGUGACCAUCUCUAUUGCCUUUUCUUUGUUUUAUUCAGGUGGAUCUAUUCUAAUAAUUGGUCUUUGUAAAACUAUAAUCUUUUUUACUUUUCAUUUUGGCUCUUUCUUUGACUAGAUGUUCUUCAUUUUGCUUCUACCCCCAUUCUUGAAUUGAAAAUUUAUUGUAUUGGGAAAAGGAAGAAGCAGCAAAGUGGGGUUGGGAUGUUUGGGUCUGGCAUGAAUCUGAUAACCACAAUAAUUGGUUUUGGGAUGAGUGCAACUUUUAUUGUGUUUGUGUGUACUAGACUGAUUUGUGGUAGGAUAAGCAGGAGGCAAUCAAGGCAAAUGUUUGAAAUUGAAUCAGGGAUUGAUCUUGAACAGCCAGAGCAUCGAAUUAACGGGCUUGACUCAGUUAUGGUUGCUGCAAUUCCGACCAUGAAAUUUCACAGUGAGGCUUUCACCUCCUCAGAAGAAGAUACACAGUGCAGUAUAUGCUUAUCGGAGUACCAGGAGAACGAAAUUCUGAGAAUUAUGCCCAAAUGUGGCCAUAGUUUCCAUCUUUCAUGCAUUGAUAUAUGGCUAAGAAAACAGUCUACCUGUCCAGUUUGUCGUCUUUCCGUACAGGAAUCUAUUGAAAACAAACAAAGGCGCCCUGCAAUGCUUGGCAGGGAUCAAAACUCUGACAGUUCUGAGAUUUCAUUGGAGCAUUCAAGGCAGUGGUUUCUGCAUACUGCUGAACGGUCACAAGGUACUGUAAGUAACAGCAAUGAAGCAGUUUCUGUUUCAAUUAAUCCUGAACCUGAGGUCUCUCGGGAAGCAGAAGCAAGGUCAUGACGGAAGGCAAAUAUAGAGGUACCAUAAGAAAUUAUGCCUUCUGUUUGCAUUCAGAUGUUUCCUUGUAUCAGACCUAUCUUAUUGGAGACUGACAAAUGGGACUGAUUCUGAACAAAGAGAAUCUGAAGACACAGAGGAAGGACGCACAAACUUCUGUAGAUGAAUGUUACAUAUAACCGGUUAGAAGAUCUAGUUGCACUCUUUUAGCAAUUCGGAGAUUUUGGACCAAGUUUGUGGCACACUGGUUAUCCUAUCAAAACACAGUGCAUCUUAUAUGAUGUUGUACAAUGUCAAAUCUUCUGUAGUAUCACUGUAAAGAAGGCGUUUGGAGUCUCCGUUUUUCAUCAUAGACAUUACCAAAGUAGACAACGAACUAAAGUCUUAUUGAAAUGCUCUAGAAUUGGCUCAUUUGAGGGUCAUAUACUCUGUAAGAAUAUGAGCCUCCAUACACGACUUUUAGUAAUUUACAGUCAAGCUAUGCUUAUAAGUUUUUACCUCA